UUAUGAUAUUCAAAACUUUUAGAUUACUAUGUCACUUUAAUAAAUUAGUCUGAGGCUCCUUAAAUAUGAGUAUUGUGCGCGGGGCUUUUGCCCCGGGUCGAAAUGGAGGUGGUGGUGGAAGUAGAGGAGCAGGAGGGGAUGAGAAACCUCAUGCUCAAGCUAAACUCCUCUCUCCCACAGAGAAGUGCAAGAUAUGCAACGAGCCGGCCGCCAAGCACAUUCAUUACGGAGCAAUGACCUGCUUCAGCUGCCGGGCAUUCUUCCGCCGAUCAAUCCAGAACAAAACCGCCAACUCAUAUACUUGCCGCCGAAGCCAGAAUUGUGAAAUCAAUCUGAGAACUCGGAAGAAUUGUCAAUUUUGCAGGUACCAGAAAUGUCUUAGUGUUGGCAUGAAAACUAACUGGGUCCUUUCCGAAGAGGAACGCCAGCGUAGGUUCAGGAAAGUUCGAGAACGUCACGAAGCCAACGAUCUACCUCAAAAUCACAUGCCAGAGGAUGACUACCACGAUGACGGAGAAGAUGAAGUCGAAGAAAACGGCGGCCAGCUCCCAGAGUCAAACUCCUAUCAUGAGCAAAACGGCCGAGGUCAAAAUUCAUACGAGGAGGUUAGAUCAAUUCUUCAAAGUUCUUUUGAUCAACGCGGGGAAAGGUUGGAAGACCCUCGGGAAGGUUCUAGUCGAGGAUAUUCCGCGGUAUCCCUCCACCCUGUUCAAGUUAAGGUUGAGCCUAGGAAUCCGUCUCCUAGUUACUAUGAUGUAUCACAAAUACAGGUAAAAGAUGAGCCGGGAAGUCGACCCUUCACUUCUCACAUAACUUCUAGUUCCGACAAUUCUAGUGCUCUCAUCAACGCUAUCUGCUCUGGUCGAGUAGAUCAUACUGUUCGUUCCAGCUCAAUUUCUCCAGCUGUAACCCAGAUUGCUGUUUCUGGGCAUUCAAACCGGUUUAUUCUGCCUGCUAACACUCAACCCUCGGUUAUUGUUCAACAGAAUCAAAAUUUAUGUACUAAUGAAGGAUUUUCUAUGAUGAUGGGCGACGAUCAGCCUAAAAUGGAGAUGUCUAAUGGGUUCCACGAUCUGGAUUCUGAGGACACAGACUUUGAGAUGAUCAGUAAUCUCGUAGAUAUCGUCCAUCCUUCAUUUAUCUCCGUCUCUCAAGCGGGUUCGAAUCCUUCUCUCUACUCAGGAUCCAACGGAUCUAUUCUUGCCUGUCACAACUCCCAGACCGGGGGUCAACCAAUCGUUGCCGGUGAUUAUGUCGAAACCGUGCUCGAGGGUCUUGCUCCGGAUGAGAUGAACUCUGAUGAUGAGGAGGGAUACGUCAACAUGAAUGGAUUUUAUGAUCCCCAACCAGAGAUCAUCUUUACUCCGGACGAAGCUGAGAUCUUAAAAAAUGUAGUGGAAAGUCACAAUGAACGCUACCGAUCUGUAAAUUUUGGCGAAGAACUUAUUAAGGAAAUGAUUUUUUGUUCGAUGUUCAGCAUUCCUGUAUCAACUCAAGCCGCCAUUACUGGUUACAGGUUGAUAGUCGAGAGAAUUACGAGGAUUGCAAACCAUCAGGAAGCCUUCAAGCAGCUCUCCAAUGAGGAUCAGGGUGCUCUACUCAAAGAGAACGCGAACCUGUUAGUCAGUCUCAGGGGAGCGAUCUUCUUCGACUCUCAGAAGAAUGGAGCCCAGCAAGUUAUGCUCUCCAUGGGGGAAGAUGACAUACAGACGAUAGAGAACAUGUUCUCUAAACUGUUGAGGGAGGACACCAUGAAGCACAUCGACUACAAGACCUUUAACAGCAUCCAGGCGAUCGGCCUCUCCCCCAAGGAGGAUCGAUAUAAUUAUCUGCAGGAGAAAGUUGGAAAAGUUCUGAAUGAUGAGACCAUAUCUAUUCUGUUAACAUAUACUGUACUCUUCUCCCCUGAUUUCUGUUCUCUCACCAACAGUAGGGAAGUUUACCGAACUCAGUCCAUGUAUCUGAAAAUGCUUUAUCGGUAUAUAUACUCGAAACAUCCACGGCAUGCUGCGCGUUUGAAGCUGGCAAACGUUCUCGAUGUUAUCACGUGCAUUCGAGAAAUGGCGGAAAUUAAGGAGCUACGCGCCAUCAACCAAAAUUUACGAGUCAAUUUGUAGGAAGAUGAGUACAAAAUAUGUUGCAGCUUUUAUAAGAGUUUUAACUUGGCUCCUGAGCAGAUGGAACUUCUUAUUUCUUAAUCUCGACAAAGAUGCCGGUAUUUUAUUGUGUUAAUGUUUUAAACACGCCUGUUUGCUUUUCAUUCAGUACUUCAUUGAUUUUAUAGACAGGGGGAGCGAACGUAUUGACCAAUGAUGAGAUAAUUCGCAAUCUUAACUAAAGUAAAUAUGUAGAAAUUUUUACGGUGAUCACUGAUCAUUCUCUAAAAGUUCUGUAAUAAAUUUAAAUAUAACAUCUCUUGUUCCUUCUGUAAAAUCUUUGCUUUAAUUAAUUUAAGAACCAGAUCUUUGUCAUUUGGGUUUUACUUUAUUCGACUAGUUAUGUAAACAGUUUUUUAUUUCAAUGAUGUUGAAAAUAGUCUUAGCUUUUAAAAUUGUUAGUUUUAUGUGUGGAUAAACCAAGGUUGCUCUGGAUGCGCUCUAAUGUAGGAGCGCAUUCAGAGUAUCAACCUUAAUAUACAACGUUGUUAUAAAAUGAUCCUCAAUUUACCCUAGUUUCACUACUAUCAAAGCAAAGAUUGAGUUAGAAUUACUUCUGUAUAUGACUAUGAGUGUUAAAAGGGGUCAAAUGUUAUCUCAUUUGAUGUGCAAACAGAGUUUGGCCCCGUCCUUACAUAGUUAUUCUGGACCCUCCCCCCUCCUAUAUUUUGCUUGGCAACCUCGCGUGAUUAUACUACGGUGGUAGGUGAUUAUAUCAAUAUAAUUAAGACAAAUAUUUUAUGUAAGUGUAAUAGUUAACAAGAUUUGUUUGAAUUACAAGCAUAACUUAUUAAAGAGAAGCUUUUUUAAUUGACAGCUUCUCUUUGUUUCCAUGUUUUUUUUGUAGAAAUGCUGUUUAAAAGCUUGAUAUAAAUCUAAAUUUAAAUUGAACGUCGUCUUCAUUAUAUUGAUAUGAUCACCUUCCACCGUGAAAAGUCAAGAAACGGUUCAAAUAGAUGGUAAGGGGGGGGGGGUCCAUGGAAUCUUCACUCAGUUGUCGGAGUUUAAUAUUUACUUGCAGAAAUAUCAUUCUUAGAAGUUUAUAUUCCUUAAAAGUGCACUAGAGCCUUUAUGUAUUUUUUUUGCCCCAUUGGGUUCAAUUAUCAGAUAUUUUGACCCAGCUCUUUUUAUCAUGAAAGAAAUACAAAUUUUGAUAAAUUUCAGUUCACUCUUUUGUUUCCCUGAAAUCAUCUUAUAGAAAGGUUAUGUCAUCAUAACCAUAAAUGUUCUGUACUAAACAUGUAUACCUCGUUUGCGAUGAAAGAAAAAGUGUGAUAAAAAUAUAGAUUUUAUUGUAAUCGUAUAUCUGUGUACCCAAUACAAUACAUAAUGUACAGUA